AUGCGUCAACCCACCGGAUUCAUCGACAAUGUUCAUCCGAACUACGUCUGUAAACUCAACAAAUCCCUCUACGGCCUUAAACAAGCGCCUCGUCAAUGGUUUCACAAACUCACAUCCCUCCUUCAACAAUUCGGUUUCAGGUUUAGCCGUUCCGACCCAUCAUUACUUAUUUUUAAUCAAGAUAAUGUGCAUUUAUACUUUCUCAUUUAUGUCGACGAUAUACUUCUUACAGGGAAUAAUCAAACGGUCAUCGCAUCGCUUCUACAAUUUCUCCAAGCUCACUUCGAACUCAAACAGCUCGGGGACGUAUCUUUAUUCCUUGGCAUUAAAAUUCUUAAAACAGAUUCAGGUUAUUUUCUUAAUCAAAGCCAUUAUGACUCAAAAAUUUUACAGGAUGCGAGACUCGCCGACUGCAACGUGGCUCCAACUCCAAUCACGCCGAAACGGUCCUCCGCCGACACCGAUGAUACACCGUUCGCCGAUCCGCACCUAUAUCGGAAAAUUGCAGGCUCUCUUCAAUACCUCUCAAUCACACGUCCUGACAUCGCAUUUGCCGCAAACAACAUUUGUCAACACAUGCACACUCCAACGGUUACUCACUAUCAAGAGUUGAAACGUCUGUUGCGAUACAUCAAAGGCUCCCUGCACUACGGUCUUCCGAUUUCCCCCGGGAAUUUGAUCCUCAGAACAUAUGCGGAUGCUGAUUGGGCGUCCGACUGCUCCGACAGGAAGUCGGUCUCUGGUUUCUGCACUUAUCUCGGCAACUCCCUCAUAUCUUGGUCAGUGAAGAAACAACCAACGGUCGCAAAGUCAUCAACCGAGGCCGAGUAUCGGUCACUAUCGGCGGCAGCGUCAGACGUACUAUGGCUUCGUCGACUUGUAGAUGAACUUCGCCUCUCUCAGCCGAUCCCGACCAAAAUCUUCUGCGACAACACUUCGGCAAUAGCUCUGGCCAACAACCCCAUCUUCCAUGCUCGAACGAAGCACAUUGAGAUUGAUUUUCACUUCCUUCGCCAACAUAUCGACGCCGGCAGCAUCUGCAUCGAACACAUUAGCUCAGUCGACCAAAUUGCAGACGCUCUCACCAAACCUCUUGCCACCGCAAGGUUUGAAAUGCUGAGAGACAAAUUAAACAUUCGAACUUUAGAACGUUUAAUUUGA